GCUCGCCUCCCAAUCCGGCGCUGCAAUCCGACGCCCAUGGCUCUUUAUCUCCCAUCGCCUCCUCUCAAACUCCCCCCCGCCCUCCUCGUUCCCCGAGUGCCCUCCCGGACGCCUCCCUCUUCUUCCCUCGCACGUCGCUGUCCCUCCGUCUCCCACCUACCUCGCCGUUUCCCUGGCCACCGCCGACGCGGAGGGCUGCCUGUUCUCGCCUCCGUCGGCAAGGAAGAAACCGACGUACGCGUCUCCGAAGAGGAUCAGUCCGAUGUAUCCCCUGAGGAUCUCGAAUGCGUCCAGGAGAUCCAGAGAGUUUUGGAGCUUCUGAAGAAGAAUAGAGACAUGAUCUUCGGAGAGGUUAAGUUAACUAUAAUGAUCGAGGACCCUAGGGAUGUCGAACGGAAGAGAUUGCUUGGUAUAGAUGACGCAGAGGAUAUCACCAGGGAUGAUUUGGUUACUGCUCUGGAAGAUGUAUGUGCUUCAGCUCAGUUAGAUGUGAAUGAAGGGAGAAUUCCUAAAAACCGGGUGGCUCUUAAGUUGCUUGCAAAGGAGAUGACUGAAUGGCCCAAUCUUGAGGUUGAAUCACUAGAGAAGGGCAGGCCUAGAAAAUCUCUUUAUGCAAAGGCCACAGAUACAGGAGUUGAUCCCCAGGCUGCUAAGAGACUUAACAUAGAUUGGGAUUCAGCUGUUGACAUAGAUCCUGAAGAUGAGGAUGGUGAUGGUGAUGAUAUAGAUGUGCCCCCAGCUGUGGGCUACGGUGCCCUUUACUUGGUCACUGCAUUGCCAGUUAUAAUUGCUGUGUCAGUUGUGUUAAUCCUCUUUUAUAAUUCUCUGCAGUAGCAGUUUGUCUUAACAAAUUGUAAGUUAAGCUACUGCCAAUUUAGUUUGCAGUAGUUUGAGUACCACAUUUUCCCAAAUAUAUUAUUAAUGAUGCAGAUAUCAUUCUUUUCUAGUGUCUAGAUGAAGUUAUUUAGCCCUAUGUAUUGGCGGAGUUAAUACCUGCAUGAGUGGUUACUCCAAUAGGUCUUAGGGUUAAUUCCCAAUGGGUGUAAAAUGUCUCACCGGGUGCCUGACGGACCUCCCUCAUGCAAAGGGCGCUGUGCUAGGGCAAAUGUCUACCGUAAUUUAUUCCUUUCCAGAGAGUCUGGGGCUUGGAGAGGUUGUUAAGAUGAUGGUUUCACCUUUUGCUCCUAACUUAUUUAGCCUUGUUUGACAUUUGUGCCAGACCAGCUUGAAGUGUAUAUAACUGUUAUUUAUUCAAUUUAAUCUGUUUGUUCAAA